GCCGGAAGUUUCCUCAACACCGGAACUCAUCAGCCAUUUCUAUUAUUAGAAGCUGCAUGAAAAGAUUGCAGACCAACACAUCCUUCUACGUUUCAAGGAUUUAAAUAAAAUAUCGUCGCAGGGUUAGAAGCCUUGCAGACAUGUCUGACUUCAUCGACAGCGAGGCUGAGGAGUCAGAGGAGGAAUUUGAGGAGAAAGACCUGAAGCCCAAAAAGACCCAGGCGUUUAUGGAUGAUGAGGAAGAGGAGGAAGAGUUAAACACAGAGGACCAGGAUGAGCACGGGAACCUGAGGGGGCUCAUCGAUGAUGAUGAUGAUGUGGAUGAAGAUGAAGAAGCGGAAGAAAAGAAGAGCGGAGGAGCGAGUAGCGGCAGCGACUCAGAGGAUGAAGUCAGACACAGGCGCAAAAAACGCAACUAUGAUGACUACCUGGAUGAUGAUGACCUGGACCUCAUUGAGGAGAACUUGGGGGUCAAAGUCAAGAGGAGGAAGAAGAAGUAUGACCGCGUGAAGCUGAUGGAUGAUGAUGAAGAUGACGAAAAGGACCAGAUUGCAGACGAGAUCUUCCACGGAGGAGACGGAGAGGGGGAGCUGGAGGAGGGAGAGACCGUCGACCCUCCCCUCCAUCGCCAUGGUGAACGCCACGAUGAAGAGGAGGAAGAGGAAGGAGAGGAGGAGUCAGAUAUUGACGACUUUAUUGUGGAUGACGAUGGCCAACCCAUCACAAAGAAGAGAGGCAAGUUCUCAGGAUACACGGACGCAGCCCUCCAGGAGGCCCAGGAGAUCUUCGGCGGUGACUUUGACUUUGCAGAGUUUGAUGCUGACGGAGCAUAUGACCAGGGUGAGGAAGAGGAGGAGGACCAGGACGAAGAGGGCUGGGACCGGCCCAAGAAGCAGACGAAGAGGAGAGUGGGGAGGAAGAGCAUCUUCGAGAUCUAUGAGCCCAGCGAGCUGGAGAGUAGUCACAUGACAGACCAGGACAACGAGAUCCGCUCCACCGACAUGCCAGAGAGGUUCCAGCUGCGCUCCAUCCCAGUGAAGCCUGCUGAGGAUAAUGAGUUGGAGGAAGAGGCAGAGUGGAUCUACAGAAAUGCCUUCUCAACCCCCACCAUCUCCAUGCAGGAGAGUACAGACUACCUGGACAGAGGGACCACCACAAACCUCAGCAGGAAAGGCCCCAGCACCAUCGCUAAGAUCAAGGAGGCCCUCAACUUCAUGAGGAACCAGCACUUUGAGGUUCCGUUCAUCGCAUUCUACAGGAAGGAGUAUGUAGAACCGGAGCUCAACAUCAACGACCUGUGGAAGGUCUGGCAAUGGGACGAGAAGUGGUGCCAGCUGAAGAGCAGGAAGCAGAACCUGACACGACUGUUCCGGAGGAUGCAGUCGCACCAGUAUGAACAGAUCUCUGCCGACCCUGACAAACCCCUGGCUGAUGGCAUCAGACCCCUGGACACGGCUGAUAUGGAGAGACUGAAAGACGUCCAGUCCAUAGAUGAGCUGAGUGAUGUGUACAGCCACUUCCUGCUGUACUACGGCAGAGACAUCCCCAAGAUGCAAAACACAGCCAAGGCCGCCAGUAAGAAGAAGACGCUGAGGAAGAUCAAGGAGGUUAACGAGGACGGUGAGGAGGAAGAGGUGGAGGUGGAGGAGGAGGAAGAGCAGAAGGGGCCAGACCUGAAGCUGGCAUCUCGUAGAGACAUGUACAGCAUCUGUCAGAGCGCAGGGCUCGACGGCCUGGCUAAGAAGUUUGGUCUGACUCCAGAGCAGUUUGGGGAGAAUCUGAGAGACAGCUACCAGCGCCACGAGACAGAGCAGUUCCCUGCUGAGCCUGUAGAGCUGGCCAAAGACUACGUCUGCAGCCAGUUUAACAGUCCUGAGGCGGUGUUGGAGGGGACUCGUUAUAUGGUGGCCAUGCAGAUUUCCAGGGAGCCUCUGGUCAGACACGUCCUCAGACAGACCUUCCAGGAGAGAGCCAAGAUCAAUAUCAAUCCCACCAAGAAAGGAAAGAAGGAUAUGGAUGAGGCCCAUUUUGGCUACUCCUUCAAGUACUUGAAAAACAAGCCAGUGAAGGAGCUGAACGGAGAACAGUUUUUAAAGAUGUGCCAGGCUGAGGAGGAGGGACUUCUCACCAUUGACAUCUGCAUCGACCUCCUAGGGGUCAAAGGGUUUGCAGGUGACCAGACGUACUUUGAUGAGAUCAAGCAAUUCUAUUACAGAGAUGAGUUCAGCCACCAGGUGCAGGAGUGGAACAGACAGAGGACACUGGCCAUCGAACGCUCCCUCACACAGUUCCUCUACCCUCAGAUGGCCAAGGAACUCAAGAACAAACUCAUCGCAGAGGCCAAGGACAACAUCAUCAAGUCGUGUUGCAGGAGGCUGUAUAACUGGCUGAAGGUGGCUCCCUACAGACCAGACCAGCAGCAGGCGGAGGAGGAGGAUGAUGAUCUGAUGGAUGAGAGUCAAGGAAAAGGCAUCAGAGUCCUGGGAGUGGCCUUUGCAGACAGCAGAGACACGCCAGUGUUCUGUUCUCUGAUCAACGGAGAGGGAGAGGUGGUGGACUUCCUCCGUCUGCCUUACUUCCUGAAGAGGAGGAAUGCAUGGAGGGAGGACGAGAGGGACAAAAAGCUCCAGGACAUUGAGAACCUAAAGAAGUUCCUGAUCAGUAAGAAACCUCACGUGGUGGCUGUUGCCGGGGAGAAUAGAGAUGCCCACAUGAUAAUGGAGGACAUUAAGAGGACAGUGAGUGAGUUGGAGCAGGAGUCUUCUCUGCCUGCUGUGGGAGUGGAGCUGGUGGACAACGAACUGGCCAUGCUUUACAUGAACAGCACGAAGUCUCAGACUGACUUCAGGGACUACCCUCCGCUGCUGCGCCAGGCCGUGUCCGUAGCCAGGAAGAUUCAGGAUCCCAUGGUGGAGUACGCGCAGGUCUGCAGCACAGACGAAGACAUCCUCUGCCUCAAACUACACCCUCUUCAGGAGCAUGUAGUAAAGGAGGACCUGCUGAAUGCUCUGUACUGUGAGUUUAUAAACCGGGUCAACGAGGUGGGGGUGGAUGUGAACAGGGCCAUAUCUCACCCCUACACACAGAGCCUGGUCCAGUUCGUCUGUGGCCUCGGACAAAGGAAGGGAUCGCACCUGCUCAAGAUCCUAAAACAGAACAACACUCGUUUGGAGAACAGGACUCAGCUGGUCACCAUGUGUCACAUGGGCCCCAAGGUCUUCAUCAACUGUGCCGGCUUCAUCAAGAUAGACACCGCCUCGCUCGGAGACAGUACGGACUCAUACAUCGAGGUUCUGGACGGGUCCAGGGUGCACCCGGAGACGUAUGAGUGGGCCAGAAAGAUGGCGGUGGACGCUCUGGAAUACGACGAGUCUGCGGAGGACGCCAACCCGGCCGGUGCGCUAGAGGAAAUCCUGGAAAACCCGGAGCGACUCAAAGACCUGGAUCUUGAUGCCUUCGCUGAGGAGCUAGAGAGACAGGGUUACGGUAACAAGGGCAUAACGCUGUAUGAUAUCCGUGCUGAGUUGAGCUGCAGGUAUAAGGACCUGAGAGUUCCCUACAGAGCUCCUAACACCGAGGAGGUGUUUAACCUGCUCACCAAGGAGACACCUGAGACCUUCUAUAUAGGUAAGCUGAUCACCAGCGUCGUGACAGGCAUUGCUCACCGGCGCCCACAAGGGGAGAGUUAUGACCAGGCCAUCAGGAACGACUCUACCGGGCUGUGGCAGUGCCCCUUCUGUCAACAGGACAACUUCCCCGAACUCAGCGAGGUGUGGAACCAUUUUGACAGUGGAUCAUGUCCGGGCCAGGCCAUCGGUGUGAGGUCUCGAAUGGACAAUGGGGUCCAGGGCUUCAUCCCCACCAAGUUCCUCAGUGACAAGGUGGUCAAGCACCCUGAGGAGAGGGUCAAGGUGGGUAUGACCGUACACUGUCGCAUCAUGAAGAUUGACAUUGAGAAGUUCAACGUGGACCUGACGUGUCGUACGUCUGACCUGAUGGAUAAGAACAACGAGUGGAAGCUUCCUAAGGACACCUACUACGACUUUGACGCAGAGACAGAAGACACUAAGGCAGAGGAGGAACUCAAGAAGAAACAGCAGAGAACCACCUAUAUAAAGCGUGUGAUCGCCCAUCCAUCGUUUCACAACAUCAACUUCAAGCAGGCCGAGAAGAUGAUGGAGUCCAUGGACCAGGGAGACGUUGUAAUCAGGCCCAGCAGCAAGGGAGAGAACCACCUCACUGUCACAUGGAAGGUGGCUGAUGGUAUCUACCAGCAUGUGGAUGUGAGAGAGGAGGGCAAGGAGAACGCCUUCAGUCUGGGACACACACUCUGGAUCUACACAGAGGAGUUUGAGGAUCUUGAUGAGAUCACAGCUCGUUAUAUUCAGCCAAUGGCAGCGUUUGCUCGCGACCUCCUGGGACAUAAGUACUUCCAGGACUGUAACGGCGGGGAUAAGAAGAAAAUGGAGGAGUUGUUGAUUAGGUGUAAAAAGGAAAAGCCUGCGUUCAUCCCCUAUUUUGUCUCAGCCUGUAAAGACCUGCCAGGGAAGUUCAUACUGGGGUACCAACCUCGCGGAAAACCACGUGUUGAGUUUGUGACCAUCAGUCCUGACGGGUUCCGCUACCGCUCCCAGAUGUUCCCCACAGUUAACGGACUGUUCCGCUGGUUCAAAGACCACUUUCAGGAACCGGUACCAGGCAUCACCCCCAGCAGUAGUAGUCGAACACGGACACCUGCUUCUGUCAACGCUACACCAGCUAACAUCAACAUCGCAGACCUGACGCGAGCUGUCAACGCUCUCCCGCGGAACAUGACCUCUCAGAUGUUCAGUGCCAUCGCCGCGGUGACAGGGCAGGGCCAGGGCCAGAAUGCCAACACCACACCCGCCCAGUGGGGCUCCAGCCAAUACGGUUACACCGGGGGCAGCAGUGGGGGUGGGGGACGCAACUCCUCAGCCUAUCACGUAUUUGCAACGCCCCAGCAGCCGAUGUCGACGCCCAUGAUGACCCCCAGCUACUCAUACACCACCCCCAGCCAGCAAACCAUGGGUACGCCCCAGUACCCCUCCUCCACCCCCUUGUCCUCCCACGGACACACACAGAGCAGCCAAGGGCAGGGCCACAGCAGCAGCAACAGUCACCAUGGACACUCGUCCAACACACCUUCCUCCUCCUCCACCUCUUCCAGAGGACGCACGCCGCAGCAGCCUAAGUCGAGCGUCAGCACGGCGGUGGACUGGGCCAAGAUGGCGGAGCAGUGGCUCCAGGACAAGGAGGCGGAGAGGAAGAAGCAGAAGACCCCCAGGAUGACCCCACGGCCUUCCCCCAGUCCCAUGAUCGAGAGCACCCCAAUGUCCAUCGCUGGAGACGCAACACCCCUUCUGGACGAGAUGGACCGAUAGAACGGGCUGGUGGGGGGGCACUGUAUCCCCCCCUUAUCCCACUCCUUCCGAAUAUACCACUCGCUCUCAUCAACUCAUCCAUCCGUACGCCUGCCUGCCCCCUCAAAAUGGACCCAUUCCUUUCAGAUUCAGAGCCUCCUUAGCUUCCUCUCCACCUAGCCCACUAGCUAACCCUCCAUACCCACUUCUUGUGCCCAUUGGAAUCCGUUUCUAGCUACUGUGUAUCUAGCCAUGAUUUUCUCCCGGCACAUCUCUUCUUCAGUCUAUCACUCACUAUUUUUUUGCCAGCCACAUCAUCCAGUAUUUUAUUUAGUAAGGAUAUUACCACUGUCAGGCAGGCAGAGUGUCGACACCAAAGACUUGAAAUAAACUGUUGACAGAUGGAGUUAUAGGACAUGGACCUAAUGGAGAAAUUGUUUGUUGUCAGACAACCUUUCUCCUUUUCUUUUCCUUUUAAUAGCAUGCGAUAGGGUAUGCUGUGCUUCAUUUUUUUCUCUUUGAUUUUUAAGCAAAAUAUUUUUCAAAGUUUUGGGGAUGGUGACGAAAGGGUCCGAUCAGGUGGCGGGUUGUUAUGUAACGUUCCUUUGGCUGUGUAGACCCGCCACUUGCCACCCUGGUGAUCAGUGGGUUGUGGCGAGAGGCAGCCGAACUAGCAUGUCGAGGGGCCAGUCAGGAAGCUUGUCUGCGUUUUUGUAUUGAUGCAUCGGAACUAAUAAAGACGCUGUUUUCAGUAUGAACCCUAACUCUGGACUGUUCACAUUGUCUGUCAAACCUAUGCUUUUGCAUAUGAGUCUGGUAUUGAUCCCCCCCAAAAAAUUGCUAUUGAAUAUUAAGAGCUCUGUCCUUAUUUCAACUAAUAUGUGGUGAAUGAAACCUUGGGGAAAUGUGAUGAUGGAAAUGAUUGAAACAUGAGAUUUACCCUUGUCCUCUUCCAUCCAAACCCUACUGGUUAGUCAUUGUUGCAUUCAUUGUACCAACCCAGACUUGAAUGGUUUGUUUUAGCACAGACCGACGGACACAGGGAUAUGUGGAUGUAACAUGGUUUACUAGUAUGUCUCUCUUUUGAUCUGUCUCUUUGGGAGA